AUGUCGCCCGCCCAGCACGCGCUGCUCUCCGCGGACGAACGCAAGGCCGCGCUGCUGCACUUCGCGGCAACGGUGGAUGUUGCGGCCAAGCUCGCGGAGGGCGCGCUCGUGGAUUCGUUGGCUGCCCGCGUCGCAUCGUGCACCGAGACGGAGCGCAUCUGGGCCGAGACGGAGAGGCUGAGGGCGGAGGCAGAGAGGCUGAAGGCGGAGCGCAUCUGGGCCGAGACGGAGAGGCUGAAGGCGGAGACGGAAAGGCAGAAGGCGGAGACGGAGACGAUCGGUAGGAGGGUGGAGUGGUCGGAGGUGGAGAAGGAGAGGAGGAAGGCGGAGGCAGAGGAGGCGGUGGUGGAGAAGGAAAGGAUGAAGGCGGAGGCGGAAAAGGCGGUGGUGGAGGAGGAGAGGCUGAAGACGAAGGCGAAGUGGGAGAAGUUUCUGGCGGCUUAG